CUGGCAAGUGUCUUUGCGAAAUUCGGAUCCCCCUGAAUAGACCAGGCUCGCGGUUAGACAUGUCCAGUUGCAGAAUUCUGAAUUGCACAUCUCCUAGUUGCUGGUCUUCCAAAGACGAGUGUGAGCCAUUCAAAGCAAAUCCAGACAUCGCUGGUCCUGGUUCAAUAGCUGCUUCUCUUGGAUUGGCCUUCCUCGCCACCGCGACGUUAGUAAUCGGUUAUGUCUCUGAUUCAUUACCCGAUUUGUACCUCUCGGAAUUGGACGGUGCGGUCAUAAAAGGAUACCAAAACUCAACCUUUUCGAUGAAGGUAAUACCACUGAUCCACAGAUGGUGGGUUACUUUGAAGAGCAGGAUAUCAAGAAUGCCUUUGGAUGAAAACUCCGAUACUGUAAAAAAUCGCGUACUUUCAGAAGAACAGAAAAUGCAGCGUGUUGAAGGUUUCACACGCUUCGUACUGGCUAUGAGCGAUCAGCAAUUGGCAACUGGUCUCGCGGCCCUUGUGGCAGCUCUUGCAAACACUUGCACAUUGUCUAACUUCGACUUCCAAAUGGUAGUUGCUCUUGCAUGGUUCUCCUCGAGAACACACCUAGCAACCCUCAUGGUUCUCAAGAAAUACUUUAUAACCCAUCCUGUCGUCCGGAAUUUGCGCCUAAUAGGGAUUAUUACUAUGGUUAUUCUAUUACUCCUGGGACUUGCAACUACCGUUGGAGCCACUCAAAUAUAUUACGGGAUCCCCCUGCACUGUAUCCUUUCACGACAGUAUAAAGGUUACGUUACACCUGGAAUUGCAGUUGUGAUGGUCUUCAAUAUGCUUGAAGUCUUAUUGACAUACUGCACCUUCAUCAUACCUCUAUUCCCACAGCUAGAGGAAUGGUCAUCAGCUACACUUGGAAAUAUAAACAAGAAUAUCAAUGAGCGUAGUAGGGCAUUAAUGUCCCUACUCAGAGGAACAAGUCAAGAAGACCGUAGUUUUUUGCUUGAAGGACUUUACGACGAAUCUUCGGCUUCCUUGCGGAAGAAACGAUUAUCGAGUCUAAAAAAUUCAAUGGAGGAAGAUAAGACCACAAUACGCAUGAUACUUCGUCGCUUCACGCACGUAUAUCUGGUGUAUAGGGAUUCUUUCCUUUGCAAUUUUCCAGUGUUGGCUUUCGGGCUAUCCAAUGGCAUAGCCCAGGUAGUAUACAUACGUCAAGGCUACGUUGGGACUCGACUCGAAGGCUUGGAUGAAAUGGGCUACGGGCAAAUAGUACCACUAUUCCUUCUCAUAAUCCCAUUAUUCGCGGCUGUGGAGGCAUCCUACGAAAGUCAUGCCGGGACUGAAGAUGGCCGAACAACCUUGCAGUUACAGAACUCUGCAGUUAUGGCUCAAACAACUAGCGUCGAUGACCUUUUAUUAUCUUCUCCGCCAGCAUUGCAGCGAGCUUCAAGGCCAUCACUCAAUUUGUCAGCUGAUGGUAUCACUGCCAUAAAUUCCGUCUCAUCAGAAUUCGAGGCCAAACGAUGCAAACUUGAGCUUCUUUUUCUGAAAGAGUUAAACAACCUUUCAAAAUUUGAGCGUGACAUUGAUCUAAAAGAUGGAGACAAACACUUUAUUGUUAUUCAGCGAAAGGUCAAAAUCUUGGACGAAUAUGAACAACUUCGUAAAGUCGAAUGCGAAAUGAUGAGUAAAACAUGGAUGACUUUAUCCAUAGUUGGCAUCUCAACCAUGGUCUACGCCUUACUUGGAUAUGUUACCUGGUACGAUAUUACCCUCGCGCUUGUAUUUUGGGGCGAUCUUUACAGUUUUUUUCUAUUUCGGUGGAGCGUGGAAUCCCGAGAGUUGCUUAAAGAGAUGAAAAUUGGCCUCAAAGAAAGGAUAGAGGCGCGUGACCGCAUACUGGAGAACAACACCGGAAACCAAGUUGCUCACAGCCCAGGAACUGGACCAAGGCCGUUUGUACAAGCCAGCCCGCAACGGAGUUCCGAGACAUCCCUAAGCCGUGAGACACUGAAUCGCAACAGCAACCCAGACAACACAACAACUGCAUCAUCACCGUCAGUUGCGGAAGAAGUCCUGCCAGAAGAUGACGGCCGCUCAUUCCAGCUUCCGGGAAGGAUGGACACCGAAGCCGACCUCGGCGUCCAAGAUGUGCGUGUCAGGAGGAGAGCAACUUGGACGCAGUGAUGGCACUGAUCUUUCAGUUUGUUAAUCCCCACUCUCGUUAUGCGGAAUGUUGUUGGUAUGGACUAUCAUUAUGUACGGAAACAAUGAGGCU